CGGAAAGCCUAGAGCAGAGCGGAAGCCUGAACCAGUCCUGAGAGCUGCUUCCGUUCCCAGGGUCUGCCAUGGCUCACCUGAUGACAACACAGUUGCUGCUCCUGCUGAUCUGGGUGCCCGAGUGUGCCCGGGCCAGAACUGAGCUGCUCAAUGUUUGCAUGGAUGCCAAGCACCACAAAGAGAAACCAGGCCCCGAGGACAAUUUACACAACCAGUGCAGUCCCUGGAAGAAGAAUUCCUGCUGCACUGCAAACACAAGCCGGGAAGCUCACAGGGACAUUUCCUACCUGUACCGAUUCAACUGGGACCACUGUGGAAAGAUGCCAUCGAAAUGCAAACGACACUUUAUCCAAGACACCUGCCUCUAUGAGUGUUCUCCUAACUUGGGACCGUGGACCCAGCAGGUGGACCAGAGCUGGCGCAAAGAACGAAUCCUUGAUGUCCCCCUGUGCAGAGACGACUGUCAGCAAUGGUGGGAGGACUGCCGUGCCUCUCUCACCUGCAAGAGCAACUGGCACAAGGGGUGGAACUGGACCUCCGGGUCUAACCAGUGCCCUGUGGGGGCGUCUUGCCAACCCUUCACCUUCUAUUUCCCUACACCUGCUGCUCUGUGUGAGGAAAUCUGGAGCCACUCCUACAAACUCAGCAACUACAGCCGAGGGAGCGGCCGCUGCAUCCAGAUGUGGUUCGACCCAGCCCAAGGCAACCCUAACGAGGAGGUGGCAAGGUUCUAUGCUGAGGCUAUGGGUGGAGCUGAGCUUCACAGGGCCUGGCCACUAGUGUGCAGCCUGUCCUUAAUACUGCUCUGGGUGUUCAGCUGAGUCCAUUCCUCUUCUGAUGCCUGGGGAGCUCCCUGCCUGGCUUAGCCUCUCACCUCCUAGCCUUCUUUGUGGUGGGACCUCAGACAGCCUGCUUAAA